AUGCUAAUGGCAGGGUACUCGGAGUCUCAAUACUAUCAGCAUCAAAGCGUAAAGCUGAUACGCAAACUUCCGUAUGAAAGAGGCAGAACACCUAGCAGAGACGUACAGUUUGACCAACAUUUACAAACUUUAAAAGGAGAAUCACGGUCACGACACUCACGACAAGAACUACUCCACCAGGCAGUUAACCAUAGAUCCUCUCUAACAAGAUCUUUAACACAAGCACCCCAUGAGAGGCAAAAGGAACAAUGUUAUACUCAUAGACCCGAAUUCAAGCGAUGGAACUCAUAUGACUUACCACCGAAUGGAGGCCCGUCCAAGGAGAUUAGUCCAUUUACCAUACUUGAUGAUCAGUAUAAUACAAAGCAUCCAGUUGCAAACAGCAUCAACUUGAGUACAGACAACUCAUUCAAAGAAUUGGAAAGGAGCACACCACAACAAACUCCUCCCAAAACUAAUCUUUAUGAGAAAAUGACUAAUUUUGCUCAAGGAUUAGCUUCGUUUUACACAAAGAUUUCCCCAAGUAGUGAUGAAAAUCUCAGUGGUCGGAUAGAAAAAGAGGCAAACGAUACCCAAUAUGAAAUUGAACUGGUUGAAGGUGAAGAUAUUGAACCCGGUUUUGAAGAGAUUAUAAGUAAACUUGCACUCCAAUCAUCAGACACCAACAAACCAAAACUUAAUCGAACACAGCAAAAACAACUUGAUCUAAAAGACCUUUACCAAAAGGAGCACACUGAUCUACCAGAGUUGAAUUAUGAUUGGAAAAUUCAGAACGAAACCAUUUCGUCACAAUACACGACAAUCAGACUACGAUUUUCAUCACGUCAAAUUAGUCUGAAACAAAUUGAAAAUGAUAUGGGAGUCUUGGGGUUUAUCAAGAGAUACAGUAAUGGCGAACAUACAACAGAUCCUGCCACUCCAGGAGAAAAGGACCCUUUGUUGCGUCAAAUUUGGGAAGAUGCAAACUCUGUACUUAGUGUGUAG